AUGGAAGAGGAGCUGAAGUGUCCGGUGUGCGGCUCGCUCUUCCGCGAGCCCAUCAUCCUGCCCUGCUCGCACAAUGUCUGCCUGCCCUGUGCCCGCACCAUCGCCGUGCAGACCCCGGAGAACGAGCAGCACCUGCCUGCCCUGCUCCAGCCGCGGGGCUCCGCGCCGCCCGCGACCGCCGCGGCCGCGCCGGGGCCCGGCUUGGGGCCGGGGCCGCCCGCCUCGCUGGACUCGGAGUGCGCGGCGGGCGGCGGCGUAGACCACGCGGACAAGCUGAGCUUGCACAGCGAAACUGACAGCGGCUACGGCUCCUACACCCCCAGCCUGAAGUCUCCCAACGGCGUGCGGGUGCUGCCGCUGGUGCCCGCACCCCCCGGGGCGACGGCGUCUCAGAGGGGCGCCGGCCCCGCCGGCUCGUCCCUCACCUGCCCGCAGUGCCACCGGAGCGCCUCCCUGGACCAGCGCGGCCUCCGCGGCUUCCAGCGCAACCGGCUGCUGGAGGCCAUCGUGCAGCGCUACCAGCAGGGCCGCGCCGCCGCCGCCGCCGCCAAGUGCCAGCUGUGCGACCGCAGCCCUCCCGAGCCGGCGGCCGUGCUGUGCGAGCAGUGCGACGUGCUGUACUGCGCCGCCUGCCAGCUCCGCUGCCACCCUGCCCGCGGACCCUUCGCCAAGCACCGUCUGGUACCGCCGCCCGGGACCCCGGGCCCACCCGGAGGGGGCGACGGCGGCGGGAAGGGGGCGGGCGGCGGGCGUAAACUGCCGACGUGCGCCGAGCACGACCUGGAGAACUACAGCAUGUACUGCGUGAGCUGCCGCAGCCCCGUGUGUUACCAGUGCCUGGAGGACGGCAGGCACGGCAAGCACGAGGUCAAGGCCCUGGGCGCCGUGUGGAAGCAGCACAAGGCACAACUGUCUCAGGCUUUAAAUGGUGUUUCAGAUAAAGCAAAGGAAGCUAAAGAAUUUUUGGUUCAGCUGAAAAAUUUAUUGCAGCAGAUACAGGAGAAUGGAUUGGAUUACGAAGCCUGUCUUGUUGCUCAGUGUGAUGCCUUGGUUGAUGCAUUAACGCGACAAAAGGCCAAACUGCUCACAAAAGUGACCAAGGAACGUGAGCACAAACUAAAGGUUGUUUGGGACCAGAUAAACCACUGUACGCUGAAGCUACGUCAGUCAACAGGGCUUAUGGAGUACUGCCUAGAAGUUAUCAAAGAAAAUGAUCCCUCUGGGUUUUUACAGAUUUCAGAUGCUUUAAUCAAACGUGUCCAGGUAUCUCAGGAACAGUGGGUCAAAGGAGCCUUGGAGCCAAAAGUGUCUGCUGAGUUUGACCUGACGCUGGAUAGUGAACCCUUACUGCAAGCCAUUCAUCAGCUGGAUUUUAUCCAGAUGAAAUGUAGGGUGCCACCCGUCCCACUACUGCAACUGGAGAAGUGUUGCACCAGAAACAACAGUGUGACAUUGGCCUGGAGGAUGCCACCUUUGAGCCACAACCCAGUGGAGGGUUAUAUCCUGGAACUUGACGAUGGAGAUGGUGGCCAAUUUCGAGAAGUAUACGUUGGCAAGGAGACUCUCUGCACUAUCGAUGGCCUUCAUUUCAACAGCACCUAUAAUGCAAGAGUCAAAGCUUUUAACUCAUCUGGAGUUGGUCCAUACAGCAAGACAGUUAUUUUACAGACAUCAGAUGUGGCAUGGUUCACUUUCGACCCCUCCUCAGCUCACAGGGACAUUGUGCUGUCGAACGACAACCAGACCGCCACCUGCAGCAGUUACGAUGACCGCGUUGUCCUUGGCACGGCCGCCUUCUCCAAGGGCGUGCAUUACUGGGAACUGCACGUGGAUCGGUAUGACAACCAUCCUGAUCCAGCCUUUGGCAUUGCCAGGAUUAAUGUUGUCAAGGACAUGAUGCUAGGCAAGGAUGACAAGGCGUGGGCUAUGUACGUUGACAACAACCGCAGCUGGUUCAUGCACUGCAAUUCUCACACCAACCGGACAGAAGGAGGAGUUUCCAAAGGUGCCACUGUUGGUGUCCUCCUGGAUCUAAAUAAGCACAGCCUGACUUUCUACAUAAAUGGGCAGCAACAAGGGCCUCCAGCUUUUGAAAACAUAGAGGGUGUCUUCAUGCCUGCACUAAGCCUCAACCGAAACGUUCAGGUGACACUGCACACAGGACUGGAGGUUCCCCAAUGUGUAAAGCAGCCAAAGUUGCCCAGCAACUAAUGACACUCCUGCCUGACCCUGUGCUGGAUUCUGUAAGCUGUCUCAGUGUGAUUUGGCACAUUUCAGUAAGUCAGUAAAAAAGCACUCUCUUCCCUAAUGUGGAAUGUUCUACACCAUUGCUCACUGAGCACUCUGCUGGUUACAACUAGCCCACUCCAUCUUUAGUUUAACAAGCCAUAGCAAGCAUACCCACAGAACUGGCACUGGAUUACAGAUGGGUACCUGAACAUAUCUGCACUGCACUCAUGUGCUCACACACACAUACACAUGUAUGUAUUUAUAAGGUGAGAAGUUAAAUGAGUUUAUUUUCUCUCUUGUGGCUGGGAUUUGUGCUCAAAAGAUAUUGUGCAUGCUGGAAAACACAGGCAAGACCAGGACUGGGGAACAAUGGCUGCUGGAACAAUUUACCAGUUGGUGAACGAGAUUCCUUUGCCACCUGCAGUCCUUAAUUGAAGACAGCAUGUGUUCUGGCAGCUGAAGUGGAAGCUGUGUGCUCAGUUAAAGAAUUCACAGGCAAGAUUCUGUUAUCUGUUACAUCCAGGGGCUCAAAUAACACUUAACUAUUCCUUCUGGCUCCAAAUCGCCAUAAGCUCUGCACUACAUUCCCCUCCAGUUCAGUGGCAGAACUUGCACUUAUCUUCAACAAGAACAAGAACAGUUUCCAGAUGCUGUUGUGUAAUAGUUGUGCUUAUUUGAGCUUACAGCAUGGUAUGUGCAGAAUUCAGAUAUGAAAAGUGGAGAGGAAAAUAUUUCUGAUACAUUUUCAUGUAUCUUACUUAACUGUGACUGUGUGGACUACUCAUAGAGAAAAUCCAUUGAUGAUUAUCAGCACAUCACUUGAAAAAUGAAGCAAGAGGAAUCUUUUUUAGUUUAACUAAUAAGAGUUUUAUUUAAAUAUGGUACGUGCAAAGUAUCCCACAUAGAGAAAUACUGCUUUCCAGCCUUUAUCCCAGUAAGUCCUACACGGCUGUAGUUCCAAUGUAGCUUUGAGAUCAGAAGCCUUAAUUUUCUAUUAGAUUAUGAUCAUGUAACUAAUGUCUUGGUCUCCAUGAAGCAUUUAAACAGGAGAGAUUUAUGAGAUUAAUGCUAAAUCAAUUUUUAAGAAUUUUUCUGGAAUGGGACAUAAAUCCUUUCAAGACUUGGAUGUAUCUUGCAUCUCCCAUGAAAGCAAGAGGCCGUGUCAGGUCCUGUCCAUGACAACAUGAAUCUGACCACCACGGAAGUUCCCAGCACAGAACAGAGCUCUCACCUGUACUCUGGUGUCCAAAAACACAUUGAUUUAUGUGUGUUUCUUUUCUUCUGAAACAAGUUAACAUAUGCAACUGUGUGUAUAGAGGUGAUGCAUAAGAACAAGAUGCAGCAGACUGUGUGUGUCCAUGACAUUCUGGGCUUUGUUAUUUCAAUCCUACGUAAGCGUGGUGAUAUCCAACAUGAAAAGCACCAACUCUUACAUCCUAGUGAUGUACUAAACCCUCUGUUUAAUUCUUCUUGUACAGAUUUUCCUACCCAAGCAUACAUAUACGCACAUGCAUAUUGUUCUCAGCCAAGCAGGUAUGAAGCCUGAAAAAGUGUGCUCUAAUACCAAUGCAGCUUACUGCCUCACAUUAUGCUAUGGCCACAGGAUCGUCAGCUCAGGCCUCUCUCAGAGCAGCCAGCUGCAGGUGUGCAUUCAGUCUCAGACACAUGGCUCAGGUGGCACAGAGGGCUGCACUGAGACACAGCAGCCAGCACCUCACUGGCAGCAUCCUCUUUGCAGCCACUGCAGAGAGGGACAGGCAACCCAUCCUGCAGUAGUUACAGGCAAUUUCACAGGUGAAUCACAGCCUGUCACCAGUGCCCAUACCUGGCUGAUAUCUCAUGGCCACCUCUCCUGCAGAACAGCUGUGCACCUCUAGUAAUGUCAAGACUGAAAUAGGAAACAAAACCAACAGCAGGAAAAUAUAACCUUAGCUGUUAAGUGGGAAAGCAACUGUACAACUAUACUUUCUUCACUCUGACGUGGAUUGUAUUAGUAAAGUUUUAGACAUAACUGUGCUGCACUCAUCUUCAUUUCUUAGAAAAUAGCGAAAACCAACUGAGUUUUAAUUUUCAGUUUCAUUUAAUGCCAUGUGAACUCAUGCACGAUUUUCUAAUUUAGUGGGUCUGCUUUAACCUACCUCAGCUCAAAUGCUCCUGGACCCCAGACUUCUUCCUGAGUGUGCUCAUUGCAAACCUGUCUUCAGUGAACACAAGAGCUGUAAUCACAGCAUUGGCUUCAAGUAUUGCCAGUCAGAGCAGUGUGUGGGAAUACUGUACGUAGGCUUCACAUAGAUUUUUAUAUUGGGAAACAUCCUGUGAUAAUUUUAAUAGACACUCCCCUUUCACUUUUCUUAUUAAAAGCAACCAGGUGUUGUUUGCUUUGGGACUGAACCUCUGUCUUCACUACCAAAUUCUGUGAAAGAAAUUCAAAUGAAUUUAGGUCUUUCCACUCUUCACCCACCACCAGGCAUUUAAAAUUAAUUCAGAAUGGGUUUUAGAAGUGUUUGCAGUACUUGGUUUUGGUUAUCAUAGAUGCUUUGGUAUCGGUUCCUAGUGUUGUACCUUGGGGAGAAUGCAGCGAGUGAUACAGGUUACUGUGUUUUAAUGCAAACAAGGACAGUAGGUGGGGACAUACUUCAGAUCUGUAGAGAAGCAUAGAGAAGCUCAUUUAUUAUUCUAACACCUGUACAGAUACGUGUGAGGUACAGAAUAAGUAACUGCCAUUAUAGUCUCUUUGUAACCUAGUGGAGAUGCAAAUAAAAUAAAAGGAAUACAGUUAAAAGUAGGUAUCCUGCAUUAGCAACACCAGGUCUGAAUCUAAACAAAAUUGACUAUAUGUUGGUUGUGUACACAUUCAAGGACUUGGAUUUGGCAUGAUCCAUAGCAAUAAGCCAAGUAACCCCAUAGAGCACAGUCUCAUGACUUCAGCUGGAUCAGUUUUAGUAGUAGUGUAACAGAGUAAAUGCUUAAGUAGUUAGAAUUCUGCUAGGAAACCUGUUACUCUAUGUGUACUUUUGCAGAGCAUCCAGGUGGCAGCAGAACUUUACAUAAACCACUCUAAACAUAGACCAGAGCAGAACUUUCCUUUUGCAGAAUAUCAUUGGGUGGGGAGAAGUGUGGCACUUACUUUCACCUCUCUGCUCAGGCUGGAGAUAGCUUGUUUCUCUGCAAGUUAACUCUCCCAUUUGGUUAUAAGCCCAGCUGUCUGCAUGUUCUUCAUCUACAGCAUCACUUUUGCCAGCUUUUGUUUCCUCCAAAUCUCUUCUUUGGAAGGGAGCCAGCCUUUAGUAGUAUGUUCCUUGCAGAAAUUGUGUUACUAACUAUUCAGACUGCUUCCCAGGCACCUAGGUAAGCACAGAGAUGCCUUUCAUGGGACGUAUCUGCCCCUGGAGCAUAGGCUGAUCCUUGUAAACAGGAGAAUAGAGCCUUCUGAGCUGGGAUGAAUCUUGCCCCACGUAGCGCAGAGUCCACGUGAGGCACCUGUAAACCUAAUGUUUAAAAAAGUCUUGUUCUACUAAGCACAAUGAAGCUUGACUUCUGCAUAUGUCAGUUUGGAGCAUCUGCAUCUUUCUAAGUAAGUACAGUAAGCAAGCUAUCUAUCCUGCAGGACAAUGAGGGAUGCUUAGUUUUCAUCUAUCCAUGUGAACCCAAAUAUCAUCCUUUGUGAAUCCUUGUCCCAGCUCUUUCCUCUGCAAAUUUCCCUAUUGAGUUCAGUGGGACCAAAUAGAAGAACUGUGCCAUCAGGGGUAUUGUCAGACUCCCGGGGCGUGCAGUGCUGUACCAUUGCCUACACUCGUGUUUCCCUCAUCAACACAAAUAAACUACCACAAAGAUAUUUUUACAGAGAAGUAAUGUCAAUAUGGGCACAGGCCUAGGUGACACUCCCUUACUUCUUCUGAGGUUGGAAGGUGUGCACUGUAAAACAAAUGUCAGUGAGGAUAGUAGGAAACUGUGAUGUAUCUUUAAUUUGGAAAGCAAUUUGGCUUCUAAAACAAAGACGACAGGGAGACAGCUCAGUCAUGUCCCAUACUUGCUACAUAGUUGAGACACAGUGAAAUACAUUGGACUAAAAUGAAAAAAAAAAAAAAAAAAAAAAACAAAAAAAAAGCACAAGGUUACAUAUACGAGAACUUAAGAGGAAAAGUAUCAAAUGUGAUUUAUUAUAUGCAUAACGUUCCAUUGUGUUGUAAAUAAAGCCAUUAAAGUGUAUUGCUGUAGUUUGUUCUUGGCUGGUGGUAGAGUUCUGUCAUAGUGCUGUAGAAGUCUGUUUUUCUAAUUUUUCUUUUCUUCAAAGUGUAAUUAGUAAAGUUGGCAGAGAGCACCCAGUCCUCUACUUUCCUAGUUGUUCUAGAGCAAAAAGAAAUGUGAUAUGCAGUUUUUGUUCUCCUUUCUUACAUGAUAAUAUUUAUAAAAGAGGUAAGAAUGAGAAGGUCAAGGCUAAGCUGCCACUACCACCACAUGAAAAAACACUGUCUGUGAUUGCCAAUGAGGUGGUGCAUUCUGGACCAUAAAUAAGACAACCUGUCCCUGUUAGAAGGGAUGAAGAGCACAGCAACCUGCUAACAGCCAUCGAGUACAUCUUCUGUUCACAAAGGGAAUGACAAGGAAAUAGAGUUGUUAAACCUAAUCUCAGGCUUCACCAGCUUUGUAGCAUUCUGCUUAAAUAGCAUAGGAAACAAUUAACCUUUGAACCAGGCAAAAUAAUAGGAAAACCCAAGUAUCUUGGCUAGCUCAGCUUUGCAAACGAGAUUACAGUUACAAGUCCACCAACAGGUUAUUGCAACAAAUGCAUCACAAAUGCAAACGGCACCUGUCACCAACAAUUACCAAACAAAGAUCAUCUUAGUAACUUCUCAUUUUUGAGGGUUUUUUUUCUUUUUUCUCCUCCUUUUUCUUUGAAGCAAGCUGCUUGUAGUUUUUACUGACAACAUUUCUGGUGAUUAUCUUGUAGUACUGAAUACUGCGCACAUGCAGGUGGCUGGAGUGGCAGCUUGAAGCACAAACCCAUCAUGGUUAAGAAGCACUCAGUCUUCUUAUGUGCAGAAGCCCAUAUGCAAGCCACACAAACUAAAUGUGUGGGGCUUCUGCAGCUUUGCACAAUACAGGAGACAGAUGUGCACUGACUGCAGUAGGUACUCAGCACCACGUUCCCCUUCUGCCAAGCAACCUUCCUUUUGUUCUGUUUGUUAUUGGAAGCAAAUACAAGCAGAAUAUCACUUUUUCCCCCCAAUUGGAAGAUUUCUAUUAUUUUUCCUUAAAUCAGUAGAUAUAAAUAUUUAUGGAUCCGGAUUGCAUCCUUUCAUCAUGAUUGCUGAUACCACCUCCCUUAAAUGUUGUCAAUAAAAACACUGACCUUUCUAGGUAGCAUGGUGAGAAGAUAUUAUGUGAUGAAUAUUAAAAUAAAUGCAUGAGGUAAAACUGCUGUUAUUUCUGAUUGUUAUAUGAAGCAUGAAUAACACUGAUUUAAAUGUUGGCAACCAAAAAACGUGCAAAGGAAUAAGAUAACGGUGUUCACUUCUGGUUAAGUGAAAGACGAGAAGUUGUUUCUGUUUUCUUUUAACCACGAUGUUCUUUUCUUCAGCAUCAUCUCCCACAGCUUAUAUGAAUUUGGAACUGGUGAAAUAUACAUCUCUUCUGUAUGUGUCUGUCACCAGAUCGAGAGGAAAAUAUAAACUUUUUAUAAUUUUGUAUCUGUAGCAAAGUUUGUAUUUUUUGAAUUGGAAACAAACUGCUUUUUGUCUUUUGGUCUGACUAAAACUUUGUGUAUUAUUAUUAUUACUCUUUUGGAAAAACCUGACGUAUGAGUUUAUGCCAUUUUACAAUUUCUAAAUAAAUUCUUAAAA